GCCGGUGUGGUAGGGAAUCCAACGGUCUUCCCACACAUUAACUCCAUAUCCAGCGUAAACUUUUUGUUUAAUUUUCAGCAACACUAGUUUCCAUACCGCUGACAUACUUGUCCACACAUUGUUUACAUCUUAUUUGCAAAGGUUUAUAUAGUAUUUUUCUUUCAAAAAACUUGAACCACUGAUGAAUCAGGGUAUUAGAUAUUUUUAUUUUGGUUAUGUAGCGCAAAUUCUCAAAAAAAAAAAAAAAUAUCAAGUAUUUGAGAGAAAAGUAGAAAAGUAAAUAAAUGUAUGUUUUGACCCCGAAAAAAAAAACAAUUGAAUUAAUUAACUUUUGAAAGAAGAGAAAUUCUCUAAGGAGGUAGACGAGAAAGGGGGGAUUUUGCGAAGAGUAAGAGAGAAUGCAUUUGACAAAGCGUCUGCAGAAAUCGGACCUAUAAACCUGGUAAUGGGGAGAGGACAAACACAUGGAUAAGAACCCAAGCAGUAGUAUCACUGUCACAGGAAGUUCAACUGGAUCAGCAGAAUGCACUACUGAUCACAACUUGGUUGCCCAUGACGGAUCUUCUGACCAUAAGAAAAAGCUAAACACACCUUCGCCUAAAACCCUUGGUAUGAAUUACACUGUUCCAAAGCCAUUCUCUCUGUCACCUGCUUCCAGAAGAACACCUGUUGGAUAUAAUAAUAAUAACCCCCCGGGAAAUGCUGUUAGCCGCAACUCUUCUUCAAGAUCUAGAGGUUCACAGACAAAUUUGCCUCUAACAGCUAGGAAGACUGUGAGAGAUCAGAAGAAGCACCAUGAUGAAGAAGAAGAAGAUAGCUUUUCUGUUGCUUCCUCAACAGCUACAUCUGUAAGAAGUAAGGUAACGAUUGGAGUUGCUCCAACAUUUAGGAGCACAUCGCGGGUAGAGAGACGUAAAGAGUUUUACAAGAAACUAGAGGACAAGCAGGAAGCACUUGAGGAAGAGAAGAGAGAAAACGAGAAAAGGCUCAAGGAAGAGCAAGAAGUAGUCACUAAGCAACUCCGGAAGAACAUGGUUUACAAAGCUAAUCCUGUACCAAAUUUUUACUACGAAACUCCUCCACCGAAACUUCCAUUGAAAAAGUUUCCUCUGACUCGGCCCAAGUCACCAAACCUUAACCGUAGAAAGAGCUGCAGCGAGACAGUUAACUCUUCACAUCAGGAGGUGAAAGGGAAGCCUUUUGCUCGACGUAGACACAGUGUAGACGGUUGCAAGAAAGAAUCCAAAGCGAGUAAAAAUAUCCCAAGCACUCCAAAUGUGAAAAAGUUCACAAAGGAAACUCCAACAAAGUCUGAAGAAGUUUAUGGAAGAAGCAAGAGUGGCCAUGAGGGAGAGGUAGGUGAGAAAUGCAUUGAUGUUGUGAGUGAAGCUUAGUUAUAGUUUCUUUUGACUAACAAGAAAAAAGGGUAAGAAGCAAUUAUAAGGGGGAAGAACAAGUUUUUAGAGUGAAGAACAAUCUCAAAGUUUCACCUUUCUUUUUGCUCAAUGUUCUGCAGGUCAAUUGCUCUAUAUUUGAUUUCUUAAGCAGCUACUCUCACUUUCAUUUGAUCUUUUCUUUAAUCUGUUUUGACAAAUGAUGUGAAAUGUAUAAUUAAGGUUGUUGUAUUAAAAGCUACUGGAAACAGAGACUUUAAAACAGAGUACAGAACUUUUCAAACUCUUA